AUGGUGAAGUUUGGCAAAAAUAAAUUCAAAGCAUUAAACAAACUAACGAAAAACAGAAACGUCGCCCCUAAUAAUGUUACAAACAAGAUAUUAAAAAAGAAAUUGAAUGUAGAGAAGAAGGUGACUUUUCAAAAAGAAGUAUUACUAAAAGAAACAGUAAAAAACGACACCUUAGUACAUAACAUUAAGAAGACAGAGCUACUUUUGAAUAAUCUAUCAAAAAAGAGAGAUGAAAAGAAAGUAACUAUUCAGGAACCUGUCAAUAAAACAAAAAAACUAAAACCUGUGGAAAAGCAUAGAAAGCGACAACAGACACAGUUGAAUGACACUAAACUACUCCUCAAGUUGAUGAAAAAGAAGUAA